UCCUCCCCCUCUUCCAUCUCCUACCUCUUCCACUACUACUCCCUCCUUAUCGUACCUCUCUCCCUCUGGUCCCUGAAAUCUGGAACAAGAACCGCGUGGCGAGGCAGCCCGGUAUCAGUGGCACCGACGAACUCGGUACCAACGGAAGUCUCUUCAAGACUUCGGGUCUCCCAGCAUCAUCGACGCCACAAGAUUUUUUGCCAGUGCGACAGUAUCGCAGAAAACGAGAAGUCAUUUCAUUUCAAGAAGAUUAGACUCGAAACAAGAACUUCCAAACGUUAGACUGUACAUUGAGACUGAAGGCAAGCUUGAGAAGAUUUUCCGGUUUGCGACCGGAUAGAAUUGAUAAAUAAUAAACUUGUACACGAGACGAUUCGGCGAAUGCGCCUGCGGUGGAUCUCGAAGAGCAUCAGGACUCCUGGAACCUUUAGAGAACUCGCAUUUUUCUUUCGCGACUUCGAUCGUGAUUCUUCGAGUCAAGAGUAACGUUAAGAUGACAGGCUGCGAUUUUGCGACAUGCAAAGCGAGACCGGUGCUUUUGUUCGCGUUGAUUCUCCUCAGCGUUCUGCAUAUCGUCAACACUCAAGUCACUUUGAGAAAGUCGCAUAUCCGGAUGCAAAAACUGUGCUCCAGAAGCCUGAGCGACGCCUUGUACCUCGUGUGCCGGGAACGCGGCUACAACGAGCCGUUUUCGUACAGCGGUGAGGACGAACCGAGAGUCGAUCCCGGGCCGGGCCUCGUCGAGGAGUGCUGUUAUCACUCUUGCAGUUACGAACAGCUCGAGCGAUACUGCAAACCCCUACCUGAGGAGAAGCGAGUCGACUCGAGACACGACGUUAUAGAAGAAUCGUACAUAGUGAAUCUACCUUACACGAUGAAAGAGAUAUCAUCGGAGCAGAAUCCGCGAUCGGAGAUGGAUUAUAUCAGCGGUGCGAUAAAACGUAAGGUCGAUGAUUUGAAAAGGGAACGGCACAGGGGAAAAGGUCGCAAUAUUGAUGGUGAAUGCAAGGGAAAAUCUGACGCGAAAAAGCGACAUCGCGGCAGGCACUGCAGAUGCCGUCGUCGGCGUCUGGAGUGUCGCCGAGCUAGCAAGGUUUCACGCGGCGACGCUAAACUUUUAGAUAAUGUUGUGACAUCGUCGCCGACAGAUAAGCCUACGUCAUUUUCUUCUAUAUCGUAAUUCAACGUUGCAGUGUUAAGAACAUUGCCGGUCUUUCACACGGAGAAUUCUAGGAGAUGCGAUUUCUAUGAGAAGCGGUUCUCUUAGAGCAAACUCACUUUUUUCUUCAUUCUUCGACCUGUCAUUCUGCUGUAUUCAUCGCAUCGCUGAAAUAAUUGACGAAGUUUGCUCACGGAUGAUCGUUCGUAGAAAAAAAAAACCAAAGAAUUCGAGAAAGAUAUCUUGGGAUUGAAUUCUACGAAGAAGAAGAGGAAAUCGAGAUUCCUAAAAGAAAUAAAAUGUUUUUUUCCUUUCUAAACAAAAGAAAUUUGCGUGGAAAAAAAAAAUCUUUACAGCAGGUGUGGAAUGCCUCAUCACGCAUUUAAUGGAUGGAAACAGCGAUGAAACGUGUCAACGGCACAAAGUGUCCUCUGACAAUCGCAAUUUUGAAGAAAUUCACGAUGGAGGCAAGGGGCUCGAUAUUGAUGGGAAAGGAUUUUUCCAAUGACGCUUUCUUUUAAUGUCAUAAACAAUGUCAUUAAAGAAAUAGUGAAUUUUGAUGACGACUCGAGAUGAAGUCACGGACUAUAUUGAACAUAAUUGUGAUGAACUUGAGUUAGAAUGCAAUUCGGGACAAUCGGGUCGUGAUCUCGCAGAGAAAAAAAAAAGACUUUAAUCAAGUGAUUUCAACGUAAGCGUUUUUAACCGUUCGGGAACACCUCCGGAUAUUCACCAGUGAUCUUAGUUUUAUUGACAACUGAUGAUCUCAUUAGUAUUAAAAUUUUUGUUGUAGAUUUAAGAUUUAAUUUUUAGACUUCAACUUGAAACGCACAUCCCCGACGAACGUGUACUUUAUUAACGAGUCCAUCAGCGAAUGGAUGAGAUUCAAAUGCGGAAUUGUAGUUUUUAAUAAAGACGUAGAUUCAGAAUUCAGAACUAGUUGUAGUAGUGUAGAUAGGAAUUUUAUCACACUGUAUACAUAGCGUAGCGUGAAUCUGAACCAGCCAUCCGAAGAUUUUGGUUGAUAUCUGCAUUAAUAAUAGCGACCAAUAAACAUUUAUACGAGCUAA